CUGCCGUCCUGAGGAGGGCGAGGACGAAUACGAGGACGAAGGGACUGUCAACAGGUCGGAUUGAGGAGGUCAGCCUUGGAGUCCAAUCGAACCGAAAGUCGCGGGCAUGGCGUCUACAAGCAAAAGUCCUAGCUAUAACAGAUGGCGUUCGGGAUAACGUGAGCUGAAAACUAGCAAUCCAAGGCAACUAUUAGCUACAACAUCUAAUCCGUCUGCCCCUCUAGCAGCGCUCAUGCACUUAAAUGCGCAUUAAAUGCGGCAACGCCCCUGGCUUUAGUGCGUGGAUGUGGAUUAAGGACACAACAGAAAUGUGGUGUGAAGAGCAUUGCAGAGUUGCAGAUCUCGACAAAAAUACGUGCGUAGGAAGAUGCAGAGUGGCACAUAUAACCAUAGCGUAUUCUAGACUACUUGAAGACCUAGAGAACACGGCACCUGGGCCUCUGCAAGAAACGAUUUCAGAGCUCAAACGAAGAAACAUCAAUCAAGACGGUCAAAAAAGACUCUUGCAGAUUUUUUCGAGCAUCCGUGGCGGAGGAACAUGUGAAAUCAAGAUCACGAGUGAGGGCCAAGCCGUGGGGAUCAAAUGGCAAUGGCCUCUUGACAAACCACUUGAAUGGAACAAGUAUGGCAGUAAGAUGGAUACUGGACAGCACUUGAAACUGUUUAAACUCCUCAUUGCUGCGUCGGACAAUCCAAAAUUUCGCACGGUCUCCUUCCAGGAGGCAGUUCGUACCGACCAGACUAAAGAAGUGCCUCCUCCAACGCCAAAUGACGAAGCUUCUCGGGCCCCGAGCCAAACCAAAAUGGUGGAUUCUAGUUCUGACGCAGAAUCGACUCCAUCACAUCAUCCUAGGAAACGGCGCAACGUCUCCUUCGAGGAGGCAGUUCGUACCGACCAGACUAAAGAAGUGCCUCCUCCAACGCCAAAUCACGAAGCUUCUCGGGAGACGGAGACCCAGGAGCACCAGGACCAGGACCCAACCAAAUUUCUGCACUCACCGAAAUUACUGCGGGCACUGAGCAGCAAGAAUAAACCCAAGUCGGCUGGCAAGUUGACGCCGGAGCAGCAGGAGCAGCAGAAGCAGAAGGUUUUAAAGGAUCUUGAGUGGAAGCAGAGGCAGAAGCCGAAGGUUUUAGAGGUUCUUGACCUUGAGGAUACAAGAGUCGGAAAAUUGAAAGGCUUGUCAUGUAACGAUGACGAAGAGUUUGCUCUUAAACUACUGGAGAAAUUGAAAAGACAUCCGGAGAUCAGGUCACUUGUUGUCGAAUGGCCACGGCAGCAACACCUCGAAGCAAUUAAUGCAAUCGAUCAGCUGGAGAACCUAGAAAUUUUUGCGGACGCCAAAAUGCGAUUGAGAAGUGGCGAAGUACAGCUCACUAAACAAAAAGAAGGCAAAUUGAGAAAGCUUAAGGUGGACGGGUUGAAUCCAAACACUAUCAAGUCGCUUCUGAAGACCAACGCGAACAGUAUUGAACACUUGCACGUGCUGGUGGAGACACCUGACAACCGUCCCUAUUUUCAAGAUAGCAGAAAGAGAAAGGCUGAGAAAAUUUAUAUAAAUGACGAUAUCACGGUUGAAGACUUACCAGAAGAAUGCUUCCCCGCGGCAAUCAGCCACAUGGAUAUGAAGGGUAUCAUCGAACUAGCUGCAAACUGCAAGGAAAUGACUACUAUAUGUUUGGAGAGAACAAUGGGCCAUAAAAAGAAAACCUGUCCGGAGCAACAAAAAACAUACACAGCAAUGCUACAAAAGAAUAAAAGGUGUACUGUGUAUUGCAAAACGUGCGAUCGAAAAAUAAGCAGUGAGAACCAAUUCUGGGGCCAGUGAGACUACGGUCUUGUUCCAAAUCAACUCCCCCCCCCCACACACACGUACUCACACCUACGCACACACACUCAGAAAACCAUAUGAUCCUCAGAACAAAAAAUAAGCAAGCCAAAAAGUUUACUCUCGUGAAACAAAUUUAUAUCGCCCUGAUUUCAUUAUUUAGUCAUGUUGACAAAGGUGUGGUCGGCUUAAUAAAACUUUUGUUCGCCUGAUAUUUUGAUUAAAAUUCUUGAUCAAAUGUUAAGUUGGCUUCAGGGAGUAAAUUUUCAUUGAUUCGACACUUUUUUGGUUAUUAGGACAAAUCACUUUUGUCAGUGCACAAACACACACCUACCACAUACACACACAUGCACACGCACGCACGCACGCACACACGCACACACGCACACACACACAGCUGUACCAAAUGCAUUUGCUACGAAGAAAAUCUGUGUUUUUUUUCGAGCUUGGUAUGGUAAUGGUGUAAGAUUAUGGCUGUAUCACCUUAAGAGAAAUAACAGAUAACAAAUAACAGAUCUAUCUUACACAGGUUUCUCUUGCUCUCUGUCGUUUCAAAAAUGUUUCAAUGAACAUAUUUUGCAAUAAAUGCUACUUUCGUGGAAUAAACCAUGAUCAAACAGCAUAAAUUACCUUCCUGAAAUGGAUCUGUUAUCUGUUAUUUGUUAUCUGUUAUUUCUCUUAAGGUGAUACCCGACUUACCCAUUUUUUUUUUAUGGAUUGACUCUUAUAGCCAAAUUCCUAAAUCUGUUACACACUGCCCCACCCUCCCUUACCAUGACCAGAUUUCAAAAUAAUAGAAUCUCUAAUUUUUUAAGUUAUAAAACAAGAUUUACGCCAGAUUUAUGCCGUUUCCUGGCACUAAAAUAAUUGUAAUUAUGUCUGUAAACUUAGUUUAGACCAAAACUCUCGUAUGACUGCGUAACUGGUUACAUAAAACAAUCAGGCAAAUUUUUAAUUGCAACGUGGCACAAAUAAUCAUGUGCACAGUCUCGAAACGAAACAUAAACAGAUAAAACCUUCAAAGUUUUCCAGGCUUGAAGGUCUUGCUUUUUAAAAUUCCUACGUCGAUUCAAGUGUGAUUAAGGCAAACUUACGAUCGAGCCAAAUUCCAAUGUCCAAAGAGUCAGAACAAAAUAAGAACAUAAAACCGUUUUUUGUUUUUUUCACUGUACCCACCCCCUACCUCACUAUAAUAUAACACUUAUAAUCAUUAAAUAUUAUCUUAAAAUCACGCGACGCCUAGUUAAGUUUUGAAUAGUGAGUAUCUUACAAGAAAUUCGGGAACUUGAAGGAUUUAUUUAUUUAACCACAGGAGGUAGCCAUCAGAUUUGUAGGUAACAACGGCCAGUCGUCUGUAUGACGGGUUGGCCUGACCCUCAGGGAGGGUGCGUCGUGGGUUGUACCUAUGUACUUUAUCUCGCAUCUAUUUGUAUGUUUUGUUUGAACAAUAAACCACUGCGUGUAUUGCCAACCAAGA